AUGCAAGCAGACACCUUCAGCACUCUUGGAAACAUCCGAAGGCGAACUUCGUCAUCCAUCGUAUCCACAUUACUUGACCUUCAAGAGCACGGGAUAUUUGACGAACGGACUUCGGAUUGGAUCGAGAACUUGGAGAUUAUUUACCUCGGCUCCUCUUCCCAACGCCGUAAGCGGCGCUGGAAUGGUGAAAUAGUAUGUGACAAUGAUAAAAAGACAAGGCUCCGGAGAGCACAUGUCAAUGCACACGACCAGAGGAACUAUGUCGCUGUAUCUUAUACCUGGAAACCCCUUUCGAGCCAGCUAUCCUCCCGUGGAUCUUAUCUGGUAGAAUCUCUGGACACGAGAUACCCGCGUGCAAGUCAAGUCCGAGAUCAGGUGUUUGAUAGGGUUAUCGCAUAUGUCAAUUACCUCAAAGAUACGGAGACAUGUGUCUGGGGCUUCUGGAUCGAUCAGGAAUGCAUUGACCAAAAGAACGAAGCGAAAAAGCAGCGUGCGAUUCAAUCCAUGGAGCAUGUGUACGCAAAGAGUGCCUUUCCAGUGGCGUUGCUGUCGGUGCGGAUCCAAUCAGAAGAUCAUCUAGAAGACUUGGUAUAUCUCCUUAAGAGAGAAAGCCCGCCGAGGAAGCGAGAGAAAGGUCGGGUCACUAGAAUUCUCAACCUUUUGGAUUAUAUCACGUCAGAUCCAUGGUGGGAAAGAGCGUGGACUUUCCAGGAAGACUAUUGCUCCGACUUUCGCUCUCAAGCGACCGAAUUUUGCAUGGAUUAUGGACAGGAUCGACGAUACAAAACCAGGUGCGAGGGAAUCCUAGACCGCGCGGCAAAAUACAAUGUCCAGCUUCUAGAGCGUGGUAACGAUGGACAACCCACAGUAAGGCGGUCCAUGUCUCCACUAAUAUUCUCAAAUGUCGGAAAGCGAAUGAUCACAUGUGAGUCGGAUCGUCUGGCAGUGAUUGCCAACUGCUUAGGCUACUCUGUUCGAUUGAAUACCAAAAGGAUGGACCAAGAAAAUUGCAGUUUGAGCAUUGCGAUGCUGGCCUUAUUCAUACUGAACGGGGAAAUUCUCAUGAAUGGCCCUGAUAACCCUCGAGACGCAGUUCGAAGUACUAUAUUCGAGUACUUGACGGACCGGUCUCUUCACAACUUUCAGAUACCUGAUGUUAAUCAAAAGCUUACCUUCAUCAAAAAUUGUCGUUUCCCUGAGGUCUACUUAUCGGAAGAAGGUAUUCUAACGUCUGGCCACCUCUGGCGCUUGGGCAAGAUAGUCAGCGGCCCUAGGACAACGGGGGAACCACGUCGAGGCCAGGGUUAUGGAUUGAACAGCUACCGAAGAAUGCGUCUGCGGCAGCUCGCUAGACAUUUAGAAUCGGGGGCUUGUGGACGUCGCUAUGAAUGUAUUGCAAGCGCUAUCGAUGAAUACCUCGAGAAAGACAAAAAGUGCGGCAAGGGCAUCGCAUUUUCCAAAGACUACAAGUAUCUCAUGGCAGAGGAAAUUGUCAAGGCAAUGGAUGACCGACACUCAGAUCGUCUUCGGCUGGGCUCGUUAAUCUCGCAAGAUGGCGGCUUUGGUAACAAUCCGUACCGUGGAGUUUUUGCCAGAGAGGCAGGUCAUCAGUGGGCAGAAGGACAAGCGUAUAUUUUCACCGCAGUACGUUCGGCUGAGAUGAGUCCAGACGACAUCGAAAAGCAUGUCUCUUUAGAGGUUGAGUUGCUGAGUUCGCCAAGAAACGGCCCCAGACGGCUGAUUAUCAAACGCUGGAUUAACGGGUUGUUCUUUUUUGAUGGAUCCCCGGUUACCGAUGUUGUCUUUCCUUGGCCAAAAUCCCUCUUGGUUUAA